AUGGCAGCAGCGGUGCCUGGCGGAGUUUGGAUGCUGGCGCUGGCUCUGAGGCUCCUGUCCCCGGGGAAUGGUCAGCAAGCUCAGGAGUGCUCUCGGGGACACCAGUUACUUCAGAGCCCUCACAGAAGUGUCCAUUUUGACUCACUGCACCUCCAGCCAUCAGCCACUGAAGAUCUGAUAUGUGACCAUUCCCUUGCUGCUGGGUGGUAUCGAUUUCUCAUCUUUGGCAGACCUGCUGAGAUGCCAACCAAAUGUGUCGAGAUGAACCACUGCGGAACACAGGCUCCUAUCUGGCUGUCUCUGCGAGACUCAGAAACACUGCCUCUUCCUGGGGAGAUCAAGCAACUGACAGCUUGUGCCACAUGGCAGUUUUUGCUCAGCACUACAAAAGAUUGUUGUCUUUUUCAAAUCCCAGUGUCUGUAAGAAAUUGUGGACAAUUUUUUGUGUACUUACUACAACCCACUCAGGGAUGUAUGGGGUAUUGUGCAGAAGCUGUUUCUGAUGCAAAGGUACACCCAUGCGGCCCUGAUGAAAUUGAAAUAGGAGGUGACUGUGUUCGCCAGCUGUCUGCCUCAUUGCCACCACCACCUCCAGGAAGGCCCGAGGUUGUGGCAGAGCUGAUUGAGUCCAGGGUUUUCUGCAGGUGUGCUUUUGAUGUUUCCCCUGCAAACAACUCAGUGGGAUUCCUCAUAGUUUGGUCUAGGCUUUCUUCUCAGGAAAUCAAAGAGGAGCUGAAGCAGGAGACCACAGUUCAGGCAUUCUCUCUGUUAGAAGUGGACGGCGUCAAUCUCAGACUGGGAGACAGGAUAUUCUGUACAGCUUCCAUCUUUUUCUUGGAGAACCCACAUGUAAAAAGUUUAGCCAUUGAAAGCCGAGAAUUCUUUGCAGGCAUUAAGUUACAACCUGAAUUGAGCACUAUAUCAGAAGAUGGAAAAGAAUACCAGCUGAGGAUUGAGAGCACAGUUCCUAUCAUUUGUUCUGAGUUCGGUGAGCUUGAUCAGGAAUGCAAAAUCUCAUUAAAACUGAAAACCGUUGAUCAAGGUGAAGCACAACUAGGCUUGAAUCUGGCACUGUCUUCCUGUCAUGUGGACCUUCAUCAGACAUCACCCUGUGCUAACGGGACCUGCAGCCGUGCUCUUGUGCACUACACCGCUGUAACGGAUUUUCUUCAAGAUGGAGACAGAGUCACAGACGUUACGGUGGAACCUGUAGUUAGCGAGGAUUUCCUGUGGAACAGCUACAUUCCAGGCAGCAUUCAGAUCAGAGUAAAGGAUGUCCCAACUGCCUACUGCUAUUCAUUCACUGACCCACAUAUAAUUACAUUUGAUGGCAGGGUAUAUGAUAAUUUCAAGACUGGAACGUUUGUGCUUUAUAAGAGUAUGUCACGUGAUUUUGAAGUCCAUGUACGUCAGUGGAACUGUGGAAGCCUUCAUUAUCCUGUGUCGUGUAACUGUGGGUUUGUUGCCAAAGAAGAAGGUGAUGUAAUUACUCUCGAUAUGUGUGGAGGUCAGCUGCGUGAAUCACAGCCAUAUUUAUUUGUAAAGAGCCAAGAUGAAACCAGCAAUGUCAAAAUAAGUGAAUCUUACCUAGGAAGAAAAGUCACAAUCUGGUUUUCUUCCGGAGCAUUUAUCCGUGCCGAUCUUAGUGAAUGGGGCAUGAGUUUAACAGUCAGAGCCCCUAGUUCAGAUUACAGAAGCACCUUGGGACUUUGUGGCACCUUUGAUGAAGACCCAGAAAAUGACUUCCAUGACAAAAGUGGAAUCAAAAUUGAUCAAACUUUUAAUAAUUGUGUUGCUUUUAUUAAUGAAUGGAGGAUUUUGCCAGGAAAAAGCAUGUUUGACACAAUGCAGAUUCCUCUGCCAUCCCCUGGAAAACGACCCUACUGCAGCUGCUCCGCGGACAGCACCUCAUUGUAUCCAUCUUCUACUCUUCUGGUCGCUGUUUCUCAGUCCGACAUUGGUUCAGAUUGCAGAGACUUCACACACGUUAAAUUUUCUUCCUUGAUACCAGUACUAGAUGUCACCUCUAAAUAUAUUAAUUCAGAAGCUAUUGUCCAAGGAAUAAAGCAUACAUCUCAAGAAGAAAAUAAUUGGAGUUUCUCUCAAGAAAAAAAGCACAAGAACCUAACCCAACUGGGCUUCAAUUUUCAACUAUAUCCUGAGAAUGAGAAACAAGACGCACCAAAAGCUUUGGGCAAUGGGACACGCACGCGAGACUGGGCUAGCCACAGCCGAGAAACAGGGCGGCGCCAAACAAACAGAUCGGAACGGCACAGUUUAUAUGAGUUUCUUCCUUUGUUCGCUUUCCAAAGUCUCAGCCAGAGGGACCUAGAAGACUUUACUUAUUUUUUCCCUGAGGACCAUACCGAGGAUGUCCAGCAAGAGUUUGUCCCCACGUGGCCCACACCCUCCGGCUUGACGGAAUACAGCACCUUGGCCCUAUGUCAGCAGACUCUAGCCAACUCCAGCUUAGGAAGGCACUGUCUCGCCUUUCUUGGCAAGAGACUAGACAGCAUUAUAGAUAUGUGUGUUAAGGAUGUCCUCCUAAAAGAUGACCUUACCUGGGCAGAAGCAGGUGUGGCCCUUCUAGAAAAUGAAUGUGAAAGGAGGAUUUUGGAAGCGGGGAACUAUGACACAGAAGAAUAUGCCAAAUCAAUCGAAGACAUCGUCUUGGUACUGAAGUGCCCCAAUUUAUGCAGUGGCAAUGGGCAGUGUAUGCAGUGGGGAUGCCUAUGUUCCCCAGGCUUUAGUUCCUACGACUGCAGUGGCUCACACGACAAGGCUCCUGAGAUUAUAGAGCUUGAGAAUGCUGGCUUCUGUAAUGUCCGAAAAUACAACUGUAUGAUGGUGAGAGUUUUCGGUCGAGGCUUCAAAGAAUCACCUUCAUUUAAAUGUGAAGUCACUAAACUGCAGUAUAAUAGCAGUAAAUGGGUCCCUGGAGAAGCUAUCUCUGCACAAACUGUUUUUCGAAAUAGCAGAACUGUUGACUGUCAACUGCCUGCUGACGGUCAGCAACCUGGUACCAUGGAUCCCAGGGGUGAGAAACCAAUUGCAAAGUGGCAGUUAAAGGUAUCUAAUGAUGGUUACAGGUUCAGUAAUCCCAAAAUAAUGACAAUAUAUGAUGGCACUUGUCAAGUUUGUGGUCUCUAUGGAAAGGACUCAUGCACUACAAAGGAAAAUGUUUGCAUUAUUGAUGGACUCUGCUACACUGAUGGGUAUAAAAAUCCUACCAGACCUUGUUUGAUUUGCAGACCUAAAAUUUCGAAAUUUACUUGGUCAUUUUUAGAAAACAACCAACCUCCAGUGAUUCAAAUACAACAAGACAAAUUACAGACAUUUUAUGGAGAAAACUUUGUGUACCAGCUCAUGGCCUUUGAUCCGGAAGGCUCUGACAUCCAUUUCACCAUGUACUCUGGUCCCGAAGGAGCAAGUGUUUCCUCUACAGGACUCCUUAAGUGGAAAGCAGAGUCACAAACUCCCCAGCCAUUUACUCUAUACCUUAGUGAUGACUGCAAUGCUGAAACUAAAGUCACAAUUGAGUUGACUGUGAAGUCUUGUGAUUGCUUGAAUGGUGGAAAAUGUGUGUCUGAUAUUAACUCUCCUCUAGGAAGUGGGGCAUACCUGUGUGUCUGCUCACCUGGUUUCCAGGGCGGUCUUUGUGAAGUGAAUGUCACUCAGUGCCAGUCGAACCCCUGUGGACUUGGGAGAUGUGUUAGUGGCUUCCACAGUUAUUCCUGUGAGUGUCCACCUGAGCUCAAAGGCAAAAACUGCCAGGAGGAUGUUAAUGAGUGUGACUCCAGACCGUGCUUUCCGGGGACAGAAUGCUUCAAUACCUUUGCUUCCUAUCGCUGUGGUUCAUGUCCUGAAGGAUUUCAUGGUGACGGAAAAAUGUGUCAUGAUAUAAAUUUUCAGUCACCAUCAGCAGAGCAUUUACUAACUGGUACAAGUUCUACCCACAGUCCAGCUACUAUCAAAACCAACACCACCUCGUACUUUCCAUUAAAAUCAGUUACAACUCGAAUGAAUAAUUCAAAGCCUAUUUCUCAUCAGAUACCAGGUUUUAAACAUGUGGAUCAUAAUCUGAGUACAAAUCUCAGUUUGGGAGAGUUAGAAGUUCCUGUGAACAACCAUAGUGCUAUAGGCAUUAACAUGAACCAUUCCCGUGACGAAGAAAAUGUUACCCAGGGCACCAUCCAAACAAAGGCAGGAAGACAUAAUUCUCAAGUUAACAAGUCUGCCCAAGCUUACACACAGCAUAAGAAUGGGUUUGCCAUCACUAUUUUGCCAAAAAAGCCCAAGUCGACCAAAAUAUCAACUUGUGCUAAAUCUCCUUGCUUUCCUGGGGUUUCCUGUGUGCCAACCACAGAUGGUCACUACCAGUGUGGACGCUGUCCCUUUGGAUUUUACGGAGAUGGAAUCAGUUGCAGAGCCAUUUGCAGACACCCAUGUGGAAAAGGGAGGGAGUGUGUGGCCCCAAACAUAUGCAAAUGUAAACUUGGUUACACUGGCUCUAACUGCCAAACUGCUGUAUGUCAUCCUGAUUGCAAAAACCAUGGAAAAUGCAUUAAACCUAACAUUUGUGAAUGUCCUCCAGGACAUGGUGGAGCAACCUGUGAUGAAGAAAUAUGUAGCCCACCUUGUCAACAUGGUGGCACCUGCUUGGCUGGAAAUCUCUGUACUUGUCCUUACGGUUUUGUGGGACCCAGGUGUGAAAGAAUGGUUUGUAACAGGCACUGUGAAAAUGGAGGUGAAUGCCUUACACCAGAUGUUUGCCAGUGCAAGCCUGGCUGGUAUGGACCCACCUGCGGCACAGCUUCAUGUGACCCUGUUUGCCUCAAUGCUGGUUCCUGUUAUAAGCCAAACACUUGCCUCUGUCCCAAUGGAUUCUUUGGUGCCCAGUGUCAGAAUGCUAUUUGUUACCCUCCCUGUAAGAACGGUGGCCACUGCACGAGAAAUAAUGUGUGCACCUGUCGUGAAGGAUACACUGGUAGGAGAUGCCAAAAAAGCAUCUGUGAUCCUGUGUGCAUGAAUGGAGGAAAAUGUGUGGGACCAAACAUUUGUUCUUGUCCUUCUGGCUGGAGGGGGAAACAAUGCAACACACCUAUCUGCUUUCAGAAAUGUAAAAAUGGUGGUGAAUGUAUUGCCCCGAGUAUAUGCCAUUGCCCCAGCACCUGGGAAGGAACGCAGUGUCAAAUACCAAUUUGCAGUCAAAAGUGUCUUUACGGAGGCAGGUGUAUACUUCCUGAUGUGUGUUCUUGCCGCACUGGAUAUUCAGGAGUCAAAUGUGAAAGGAAAAUGCAGGUAAAUAAGGAGCAGGAUCUUCAUCCCCACUAA